AGUGAUGCUUGUAGUGGGUUCAUCAGUUGUUGUUGAUGAAACCGUGAUGGAUGUAUUGGGUUCACCAGUUGUUGUCGACACAGCAGUGACUAUUGUUGUUGGUUCACCAGUUGUUUUUGUUGACUCAGUGAUGGUUGUAGUUUUUCACCAGUUGUUGAUGAAGACUCAAUGAUAGUUGUAUUGGGUUCACCAGUUGUUGUUGACACACCAAUGAUAGUUGUAGUGGGUUCACCAGUUGUUGUUGAUGAAACUGUGACGGAUGUAGUGGGUUCACCAGUUGUUGUUGACUCUGUGACAGUCGUAGUUGUUUCACCAGUUGUUGUCGACACAGUAGUGACUUUUGUAGUGGGUUCACCAGUUGUUUUUAUUGACUCGGUGAUGGUUGUAGUGGGUUCAUCAGUUGUUGUUGAUGAAACCGUGAUGGAUGUAGUGGGUUCACCAGUUGUUGUCGAUGCCCCAGUAACAAUUGUAGUGGGUUCACCAGUUGUUGUCGACACACCAGUGAUGGUUGUAGAAGGUUCAUUAGUUGUUGUAGAAACACCAGUGAUGCUUGUAGUGGGUUCAUCAGUUGUUUUCGUUGACUCGGUGAUGGUUGUAGUGGGAUCACCAGUUGUUGUCGAUGCCCCAGUAACAGUUGUAGUGGGUUCACCAGUUGUUGUCGAUGCCCCAGUAACAGUUGUAGUGGGUUCACUAGUUGUUGUCGACACAGCAGUGACUAUUGUUGUUGGUUCACCAGUUGUUUUUGUUGACUCAGUGAUGGUUGUAGUGGGUUCACCAGUUGUUGAUGAAGACUCAAUGAUAGUUGUAGUGGGUUCACCAGUUGUUGUCAACACAGCAGUGACUGUUGAAGUGGGUUCACCAGUUGUUUUUGUUGACUCAGUGAUGGUUGUAGUGGGUUCACCAGUUGUUGUCGAUGCCCCAGUAACAAUUGUAGUGGGUUCACCAGUUGUUGUCGACACAGCAGUGACUGUUGAAGUGGGUUCACCAGUUGUUUUUGUUGACUCGGUGAUGCUUGUAGUGGGUUCAUCAGUUGUUGUUGAUGAAACCGUAAUGGAUGUAGUUGGUUCACCAGUUGUCGAUGACACACCAAUGAUAGUUGUAGUGGGUUCACCCGUUGUUGUUGACACACCAGUGAUGGUUGUAGAAGGUUCAUUAGUUGUUGUAGAAAUACCAGUGACUGUUGAAGUGGGUUCACCAGUUGUUUUUGUUGACUCAGUGAUGGUUGUCGUGGGUUCAUCAGUUGUUGUUGAUGAAACAGUGAUGGUUGUAGUGGGUUCACCAGUUGUUGAUGAAGACUCAAUGAUAGUUGUAGUGGGUUCACCAGUUGUUGUUGACACACCAGUGAUGGUUGUAGUGGGUUCACCAGUUGUUGAUGACACACCAAUGAUAGUUGUAGUGGGUUCAGCAGUUGUUGUUGACACACCAGUGAUGGUUGUAGAAGGUUCAUUAGUUGUUGUAGAAACACCAGUGAUUGUCGUAGUGGGUUCACCAGUUGUUGUUGACACAGCUUUGACUGUUGAUGUGGGUUGAACAGUUGUUUUUGUUGACUCAGUGAUGCUUGUAGUGGGUUCAUCAGUUGUUGUUGAUGAAACCGUGAUGGAUGUAUUGGGUUCACCAGUUGUUGUCGACACAGCAGUGACUAUUGUUGUUGGUUCACCAGUUGUUUUUGUUGACUCAGUGAUGGUUGUAGUUUUUUCACCAGUUGUUGAUGAAGACUCAAUGAUAGUUGUAUUGGGUUCACCAGUUGUUGUUGACACACCAGUGAUUGUCGUAGUGGGUUCACCAGUUGAUGUUGACACAGCUUUGACUGUUGAUGUGGGUUCAUCAGUUGUUGUUGAGGAAACAGUGAUGGUUGUAGUGGAAUCACCAGUUGUUUUUGUUGACUCAGUGACAGUCGUAGUGGGUUCAACAGUUGUUGUUGAUGCCCCAGUAACAAUUGUAGUGGGUUCACCAGUUGUUGUCGAUGCCCCAGUAACAAUUGUAGUGGGUUCACCAGUUGUUGUCGACACAGCAGUGACUGUUGAAGUGGGUUCACCAGUUGUUUUUGUUGACUCAGUGAUGGUUGUCGUGGGUUCAUCAGUUAUUGUUGAUGAAACAGUGAUGGUUGUAGUGGGUUCACCAGUUGUUGAUGAAGACUCAAUGAUAGUUGUAGUGGGUUCACCAGUUGUUGUUGACACACCAGUGAUGGUUGUAGUGGGUUCACCAGUUGUUGAUGACACACCAAUGAUAGUUGUAGUGGGUUCAGCAGUUGUUGUUGACACACCAG